UCCAAAAUAGCUGCUGCAGUGAUCUUUGUAGGCCCAAACAGGACUGAAAAUUAGCCCGAGACAGGCUGCGGCAGUGAUCUAAGAGGCCAGUGGGGGGAGGGGGAACCUUUGCAGACCUCCUCCUUCAUGGCCCUUAGGAAGCCCCCCAAAGGGGCUACAGCAAUUUCAUGCGAUUGUCAGCGAGAACACACAGAAUGGGACAAACUCUUCAUUAUGCUUGAGAAUUCCCAGAUGAAAGAUAACAUGCUGCUUCAGAGCCUUGAUGAAAUCCUUAAGGUGGAACUGCAGACUCUGAGAGGGGAAGUGCUUCACUUUCUGGAAAACUUUGCUGGCACGUGCACCACAUCCAUUGAGAAGGCCACCUCCCAGAUCUCGAGCCAAAUGGACCAAAUGCUGCCAAAGAACAAUGGAGAAACUGGGGACCUUUCUGGGAUGCUUCAUGAGUUCGAGCAAGGAAAGAUCCUCAAAGAGAUUCUGCAGCUGAGCCACAAUGUGUCCAACAGACUGAGCCAUCUGGAGCAUGCUUGGCAGAGGAGGACUGAAAUGGAUGCUCAGCGGAGGGGUUUGCCCCAGGAAGACAGCUUCGGCUACAUGUCAAGAGGGGACAAUUUCAUUCUGCACUCUCUGUGGCAAGAACUGCAGGAAACAAUGGCUGAACUGAAAGAAUCCCAAAGAAGGACCACACAGCACUUAUUGCCAGUUGGUUGCGAGACAGCUCUUUUAUUCCCAAUGCGUUCUAAAAAGAUCUUUGCAAGUGUUCAUCCAACUACUGAAAUGACACUCUCCUCCUUUACUGCCUGCACAUGGGUGAAAGUGACUGAAAUACUAGACAAAACUAUUGUAUUUUCAUAUGGAACCAAGAGAAAUCCCUAUGAAAUUCAGCUUUAUCUUAGCCAUGAUUCUGCUGUUCUUGCUGUGAGUAGUGAGCAGAAUAAGCUUAUUGCCUCAAAUGCCAUCUCUUCUGGACACUGGACUCACCUUUGCAGCACCUGGAACUCAGUUAAUGGGAGUAUGUCAUUGUGGGUAAAUGGAGAGCUUGUGGUGUCCACCUCAAAAAUAGGUGAGGGCCACAUUAUUCCUGAUGGUGGGAUUUUGCAGAUUGGCCAAGAAAAGAACGGCUGCUGUGUUGGAGGUGGUUUCAACGAAUCCUUAGCUUUCUCCGGAAAAAUAACUGGCUUUAAUAUUUGGAACAGAAUCCUCAGUGACAAAGAGAUAACAAGACAGACUGGAGAAGAGUCAUGUUACAUCCGUGGCAAUGUAGUUGGCUGGGGGGUAACAGAGGUUCUGCCUCAUGGAGGAGCUCAAUACAUUUUUGGGCACUGAACAAAUGCAGCAAUUACCCUUUAAAGUUCUAUAUAAACUCAUCACACACACCAAAAGAGGCAAACCUGAAAUAUCUAACAUUCCUAGGGCAUGAUACAGCCUCCACCGAGAGGUUCUGAGAAAACUAUAUAUAGAAAAGGUUUGCACUAGUAGAAAGAAAAUUGCCUGAUUCAUGAGAUGAGCCAAGAUACACAGCCCAGGUUCAUACAGGAAGCCAUGAAUGAGGCUCCAUGUGGUAAGAGGUCUCCAGAUGACUGUAGUAGCUACAGUCAUUAUAACUCUCCUUCUCUGCUGCUUUGAGUCUAAAAAUAAGCCAGAUGCUGUCCCAGGAAGGAUGUGUGAGUGAGCAGUGUUGAGAGAGGGCUAGAAGGGAGCUCUCCACAAGUGACUGUAGUAGCUGUCAGAACCACUAGCAGCUUUAGUCCUGGAGAUUUCUCACCAUGUGGAACUGCAUUCACAGCUGCCACAGGCAACAAUUUAAAGUAGCUGCCACAUGGCAGCUACAUGAUAUGCACGAGCUCUUAAAUAUACCUCACGAAGAGUUAGUACUGUAUGCAUGCAUCUCUGACUGAGGUAUGGAUGCAACAUUGUCUUAGCAAAAAAAGUAAAAACCUAACCAAAAGCUGUUUUUGAACAUAUUGAAGAAUUAUAUUGAAAUAAUAAUACAGAGAUGGCUUUCAUUAAUCCUACUGGACUCAUAACAAAUAGGUGCCACUUGUGUUGUGGGGUAUCUAGGAACACGUGUGGCUCGAGAAUGUUUCUUAAAUAAAUAUACAAACAAAUGGCGGGAACUCUUUAUCCAUAGAGCUAAUAUUACACUGUGUUCUAGAGAUCUCAUGUGUAAGAUUUUAUAUUAUUAAAUGUGAAUUUUACAGAUGAACCAUAUAAAAGUAAUGAAGUAAUAUUUGCUGUUCUUUUUUUCAUUGUUACUGGUAUGCAUCAAUAAAAGGAGUGCCUUGUACAAGAUAUUAUUUAUACUGAGGGUCAACCUAGCAAUCAGAUCAUUGCAGAUAAUUCCAGAUUUCUUGCUCCUUUGGAGAGGAUGCAGCUGUAUUAUAUUGUAAAUUGAUUUUGUACUAAUUUUAUUGAAAUUAUUUUUGUAAAAUUGUGCUGUAGAUAAAAAAAAUACUUUAUCAAACUGA